AUGGCGGCAGAGGACGACCGCCCAGCGAAGCUGCGGCGGCUGUCCCGCCUUCGCGCGGAACUGCCAUUCAUGCAUUGUAAUGCGAUGGCGCAAUUCCUGGCGUCCGUUAAGCGAGACGGAAUCCCCGAAUUGGGAUCCCGACGCCAGGAUAUCAGAGACGCUCGGGAGCUCAUGGUCGGUGAGAACACGCCGUGCGGCAAGCUCCACCAGAACAUGAUAGUCGGGCAGCACACGGUGGAGAUCUGCAGUCCAGCAGCAAUGCGGUGGUAUUGCAGCGCCCUCCCCGCGAUGCAGCCUCUGUGGCAGCGGGCGCUGGAGCUGCCACGCCCGUGGCACAUCAGCAUUUACGGCGAUGAAAUAGGCGCUGGCAACGCGCUGGCGCACGUGCAGAACCGCAAGUCCUGGGGCAUCUACUGGGCGAUCGCGGAAUUCGGCCCGCAGGAUGCGUGGUUCCAGCUCGCGACGAUGCGGGCCAAGACCGCGAACGACAUCCAGCCGCGCGGACUGACGAUGCUACUGGACGCAAUCCUCGCGCAGUUCUGGCCUGAUCAGGGGCGCAACUUCAGCGCAGGCAUCAGCUUGCGGCUGCGCCCCGACGGCGCGACGGAGCUCAUCCAGAUGGACCUCGUUCGGGAUAUAGUUGCUUCUGAUGCGACGGGUGUCGCUGUUCACCACUCGGAACCAGAUGCGUCGCGGCUGCAGCCGAUGACGGCGCCGUUGCUCGAUGCCAUCUGCAACAGAUUGAUCGAAGGGGUCAACAUCAUGAACAAGGGCGAGUUCCAGGAGUUGGAGCGCCGACUUGGCUGGAACUGGGACCCCCAUUUGCCUGAGCGGGUUCGGAAACUCAAGCCGCUCGAGACAGUCAUGUUUGAUUGGAUGCAUUGUAUUUUCGUCAACGGUACAUAUAACAUUCUGGUGUUCCAAAUGUUUCGAAGGUUGAAGGGUUACUGGGCGCGCGCAGACGCAUAUUUCCAGGACUGGUCGUUUCCAGGGCGCCACUCCAUCUCCCCCGACACGUGCGCGAUCUUCGGCGAGAAGCGCGCGAGGCGUCAGGCAGACGCGGAUAAGCUGCAGGCUGCGGUCAACAGGUUUUUGCCGUCAUACAGCAGCGCCUUUGGCAAGGAAACGAUGGCGCAGAAGUUCCAUUACCUGCGCCACUUCGCCAACUACGUGAGGCGUCGGGGCCAUGUGGCGCUGCCGUCGUGCGGGGUUUUGGAGCGCAAGCACAAGACCAGCAAGCGCUUUGCGAACGCUCUUCAGGCGGGGGCUGCAGCCUCCAGCGGCUGGGGCGCCAAUGUCCUGAAGAGCGUCACCGAGCGGCACCUGUGGCAGCUCAUGGAUGGCGACACCUUUAAGGUUAACUGCCUGGUUAACGCCACCAGGCCGUCCAAGGCCAUCUCGCGCGAACUGCUGCAGCAGUUCGGGCCUGCGGACUUUGUCACGUCCGCUGCAGCGCGGCGCCGCUACCACGUCGUCAAAUACGGCGACGUCGCGCUGUUGGAGGACGGAGGAGGGGAACGCAUUGCGGCCGAGGUGUUGAAACACCUCUCCUUCACCAAGAACGGCCACUACUAUGGCUUGAGCUUGGUCCUGCCAUACUUCUUCAAGGAGAAGCUGCACCCGCGCGCCUCCGCGCACGCGCUUGGCGGCGAUGCCGACGCCUUUUGGGCGCGCACGGCGAGCAUCGCGUGCUCGCUCGCAUGGGCGCCGCGCGAGGGCGGCGGCGUCCGAGCGGCGCGCCCGAUAUGGUCGCAGCCGCGGUGGUGCGCUUUAGCCUAA